UACAGGAAUGAAUCUGAAGUCUGCUGCAGUAAAACACUGAAGGCUUUACAAUGUUUUCUUGCAUAAAACUCAAACUUUAAGUAGCUGCUUAUGAGGCUAGGGAAGGCAGGAAGCUAAUGUGUGUCUCAAGAUACAGGACAGCUGUUUGCCCAUCAACCUCAACUGUGUGUGCAACAGAGGAACAUGGCUCAAGAAACUAAUCACAGCCAAGUGCCUAUGCUUUGUUCCACUGGCUGCGGAUUUUACGGAAACCCUCGUACGAAUGGCAUGUGUUCAGUGUGCUAUAAAGAACAUCUUCAAAGACAGAAUAGUAGUAAUGGUAGAAUAAGCCCACCUGCAGCUUCUGUCAGUAGUCUGUCUGAAUCUUUACCCGUCCAGUGCACAGACGGCGUCCCGGAUGCCCAGUCACCGCUAGACUCCACGUCUGCAUCUGUGCAGCCAAGCCCUGUAUCAAAUCAGUCACUUUUAUCAGAAUCUGUAGCAUCUUCCCAAGUGGACAGUACAUCUGUGGACAAAGCAGGACCCGAAACAGAAGACCUGCAAGCUUCAGUAUCAGAUACGGCACAACAGCCAUCUGAAGAGCAAAGCAAGUCUCUUGAAAAACCAAAACCAAAAAAGAAUCGCUGUUUCAUGUGCAGGAAGAAAGUGGGACUUACUGGGUUUGAAUGCCGGUGUGGAAAUGUUUACUGUGGUGUACACCGUUACUCCGAUGUACACAAUUGCUCUUACAAUUACAAAGCUGAUGCUGCUGAGAAAAUCAGAAAAGAAAAUCCAGUAGUUGUUGGUGAAAAGAUCCAGAAGAUUUGAACUCCUGCUGGAAUACAAAAUCCUUUGACCAUCUGCAAACUAAAAAUUGACUUGAGGUUUUUUUUCCUAGUCAUUGGGAAUGUAGAGCAAUGUAUCUUGCAUAGACCUUUUAAUCAUGCAUGUCAUCAGAAGAAUAGAUUUUUGUUUUUGUUUUGAAAAUGACUCUGAACAUUUAUUUCCAUUGCAGUUUCUGUGGCUGAAAAGACUUAAGUAAACUUCACAAGUAUUAUCCUUUUAAGAUCAUUUUAAUUUUAGUUGAGUGCAGAGGGCUUUUAUAACAAAUGUGGAGAAAUUUUGGAGGGCCGUGAUUUUUCCAGUAUUAAACAUGCAUGCGUUGAUCUUGCAGUUUAUUUUCUCAUUGUGUGUGUACAUAGCUUUUCUCUGCAGCACGAUCUCUGUCGAUGGCGCCCCUCAGGGCACAACUAGUUACCAGUCACUGAAUGUAUCUUCAUCCUUACGGCUGCUUCUGGGUUUUCAUUAACAAAGGUUCUGCCUAUGUUAGCAUAUGGUUUCUUUGCACCCACUAUUUAUGUCUGAAUCAUUUGUCACAGGAGAGUGUGUGCUGAUGAGAUUCUAAGUUUGUGUGUUUUUAAAUUUUUUUGAGCGAGGGAAGGAAAAGCUGUAUGCAUUUCAUUGCCGACUGCAGGUUUCUUUCAGAUUACGUUCAUCGGUCUGUGUGUAUACAAUAUGAAGAAUGAUCUGAAGUAAUUGUGCUGUAUUUAUGUUUACCCACCAGUCUUUGAUUAAAUAAAAAGGAAAACCAUAA